UGGCAUGUGUUGCAAUGUUAAGAUUUCAUCAUUGAUAUAUAAACUAUCAGACUGCGUGGUCGGUAGUAGUGGGUUUCAGUAGGCCUUUAAAAAGAUGAUCUUUGACUAGCUUUUUUGCAGAAGUUCCUGAAAAACAGCAGAGCUCUCAUGUCACUGACAGAAAAGUUGGCCAAAAUCAAAUUGGCCUAAAAUUGGCCAAACACUGGACUUUCUGAAAACGUGGCCCCUAAAACAAUUUAGUUUAAUUUCCCUGAUUUAGGAGGCUUUAUCGGCAGAGUAGUUUAAUCUCAUUACUCGCUUUGUUAGCCACCUUCUACUAACAGUUUUUGUCUCACAUAGGGAUUGUGGAUGAUGGGCAAAAUGUUUUAAAAAGUGCAGUUUUCCUUUUAAGAACUGCACAAUCACAGGAAAUGCUCGGCUUGUGCAGCCUCAGGUUUAUGAUCCAUAGUGCGUAAAUUAUAUAUUGGCACGUAUAGAAAUUACAUUUUCAAUCCAGUUCAAUGGACAAUUAGUAAUAGUCAUUGAUAUCAUUAUUCACAUAAAGCCUCUACUGACUGCACAUCAUAGUGUACCUUGUUAGCAUAUCUUUUAAUCCCCUAGUGCAGUCGUAAGCAGUGCUUAGUUUUGAUUGGUUGUUGGUUACAAUUACAUCAGUGAGGAUGCUGCCACAUAGAUGAUGAAAGACACAAGAAGACACUAAACCAUCAUAGUUUCAUGAAGUUGGCUGACAUCAUUGACAUGUGCUGCAGUCAUGAACGUGUCGUCUGAAGUAAACCAGGUGCCGACGCUCCAGGAACACAUGAAAGUGCUGGUGUCCAUACUGCCAUGUCUUCUUUUCAUCUACAUCAACGGGGUCAUGUUGUUGACCCUGCUGAGAAAGCCUCACCUGCUGGAGUCUUCUCGCUACAUCCUCUUCGGCCACUUGCUCCUCACCGAGUCCCUCCAGCUGCUGCUGGCCAUGCUGCUGUAUAUCUUUGCCAUCACCACCGCCACCAUGAUCAAUCACCUCUGCAUGCUGGUGGUGCAACUGGCAGCCGUCACAAUGAAAAUGUCCCCGCUUAACCUGGCCGUGAUGUCACUGGAGCGCUACGUGGCCAUUUGUUUACCGCUCAGGCACGCCAACAUUGUCACCAUCAGGACAACGCGCAUCGCCAUCGUUGUCAUGUGGUCCAUGGCCUCCUUGGACUCCUUUAUCCAGCUGUUGCUCUUUGUCAGGCUGGAGAACAGCAGCUUCAUCGUGUCCCCACACUGCGGGAGACAAAAUGUGUGGCGACUAAAGAUUUACGCCACCAUAGACGCCAUCUUUAUCAUAAUUUAUUUUGUGAUAGUGAGUGUCGUUAUCUUCUAUACGUACAUUGCUAUCAUUUUUACUGUCAGGUCAGCUUCCACAAAUGUUCGGAACGCCAGCAAGGCUCGGAAUACGGUGAUGCUUCAUAUGUUUCAGCUGUGUUUGUGUCUCACCUCCACGCUCUUCAACAUGAUAAAAUCUGGCGGCCCGUUAAACUUAAAGCCUGGUCUUUAUUUCCAGUACGCUUUCUUUUUAGGUCUCAUUGUUUUCCCCAAAUGUCUAAGCCCACUCAUAUAUGGCCUGAGAGAUAACACAUUCAGACACGCCUUCAGGGACUAUUUCACCUUUGGCUGCAAAAGGAGUGUUUCGUCUUUAUCUUGAUUUGAAACAAUCUAUUAUUUGUUUGCAUAGAAGAGUAUGCUGAUUCACACAUUUCUCCUAAAAGUACGAGAAAAAAACAGAAUCUUGCUGAUUUUUUUAAAUUGUAUCGAAAACUGGCCCCAUGUUUUGGAAU